GCUUGUCAGGCGGGGUGAGACUUGAACAGAAAGUUGAUGUACACAGAGGGAUUCCAUUAGUAAACAAAUAGGAUCACCCAGUUUAUGAGCAGUUAUCAUCCAGUUAGAUAGAAAAAAGGAAUUCUAGUCUGAAGACAGAAAACGAUUACUAUAGCAGUAAAAGGGAACUGAAGGAGACAAGGCCUGGCCUCAAAGGAUCUCUAUGACAACAAGUAUAAACACAGAGGAGAGCAGGCUGUCAUUCAGAAAUAGCAGAAGUGAAGAACUAAUGUGUAUUUAUAUAGUUGUAUACAUAGUAUGCAAAGUCAGCCUGUAUUAAUGGAUGUUCAGAUUCAGCAAAAGGCAGAAGACCAAAGCAGUCAGAGACAAGUACCGGAAAACAACCAGCAACCCGAAGCCAUGAACUCUGUAGCGACCAUCACCGACAUUAAAGGACUAGUUCAUUCACACAUUCCUGAGUUCACCAGGAGACACCCAAUGAUUCCUAAACGUUAUGUGAUGCCCUGGAAACAAGACAUGGUCAACAGGAAGCUCAUUCUAAGGCAUGCAGGUCAAUCUGGGGUGCACACAGGUCCCCAGGAAGAGAGCCUGUUUCUGGAGAACAAAGAAAGGUUGUGUCAUGGAGAAGAUCGUCACUUCAUCAUGGAGAAGAUGAAAAUGCCAUCACAGAUGCAGCACACAGAUUUACCACUGCACUCCUCCCUGUCUAGAUACCAAAGCUACAUGAUCAACCAGAGAAGCAGAUUGCUGGGACCGCAGUAUUAGUGACAAUAGGACCCUAUCUCUUACCGCAGAGUGACUCAGAGAGCUCUACUUCCUGUAGACACAAUAAAAAAACAUUAUGCAAUC